AUGACGUAUGACUAUCAAGGGAGCAUAUUUGUCCCCACUGCUGAGGGGCAAGACUUCGAGCUGAGACCAGCUUUCCUCAGUCUUAUAGCACAGCAGCAAUUUGGCGGAGGUUCUCUUGAAGACCCGCAUGCUCACCUUGAGCGGUUUAUCCGGAACUGCAGCACUUAUAGAGUCAACAACAUCUCAUCAGACUCUAUUAGGCUGGCAUCGCUCCAUUUUUCACUGAGGGACACCGCGGAAGAAUGGUUGAAUUCUCAGCCUCGGGGAAGUAUUACAACAUGGGAGGACUUGGCUGAAAAGUUCACCACCAAAUUUAUGCCGAGGUUUGUUCUGAGAAGAAAGGGAGAGGAGAUCACCAACUUUGCUCAAUCUGAAGCAGAGAACUUGCAUGAGGCCUGGGAGAGAUACAAGAGGUUGUUGAGGAAGUGUCCUCAACACAAUAUGUCAGAGGCUGAGAAGAUAACAAGAUUUUAUGAUGGACUUUUAUAUUCUGUGAAGUCCACAUUUGAUGCUGCAGCAAAGGGUGAGUUUGACUCCCUACCACCCCAUGAGGCGAGGAUGCUUAUUGAUAAUAUGGCGGCAAGGGCAGUGAAUACAAUAUCAGAUCGCCACACCAGCAAGAGGGUGUUUGAAGUGGAGGCUGUGGACCAAAUUAUAGCUUCUAACAGACAGCUUGCCAAACAGAUGCAUGAGAUGCAGAAGCAAUUCCAGGAAGUGAAGAUGAUGCAAGCUGGCCGAGGCUGUGUGACUUGUGGAGGCCCAGAUUGUGGAGAUUAUUGCAGAGUCACAACCACUGAAGAGGAGGCAAAGUACAUGGGCCAAGCACCUUUCUCCAACAACUAUAACUCUAGUUGGAGGAAUAACUCAAAUCUAGCAUGGGGAGACCGAGGAAACAAUUAUCAGAAGCCCUACAACAACCAGAAUUUCCAAGGUCAAGGUGCAAGGCAGCAAGAGCAAGCGCCUAGUGGAGGUAAGAGAAGUAUGGAAGAGCUGUUUAAGAGCUUCUUGGCUCAGCAAGAUGAAACUGCAAGGAAGCAUGAGGAGGCCGAUAAGAAGAGGGAUGCUGCAAUGAGGAAUAUGGAGAAUCAAAUAGGCCAGCUUGCCAAGCGCUUGUCAGAGAGAGAGUCCGGGCAACUUCCUUCAGACACACAACAGCCUAGACUUGAGAAUGCCUCAGCCAUUACUACCAGGAGCGGAAAAGUGUUACCUACUGUGGAGGUGCCAGUUGAGAAGGUAGUAGAUGAGAAGGUGAGAGUUGAAAAAAAUAAAGAGAAGGAGUUGAAAAUUAGAGAGGGAGAAAAAAGUGAGGUAAAGGAGAAUAAGGUGCCCUUCCCGAAGGCGUUGAUGAAGAAGAACUUGGAGAAGCAAUUUGCCAAGUUUGUUGCUAUGUUCAGAAAGUUGCAUGUGGAGCUGCCCUUUUCUGAAGUGCUAGAGAAGAUGCCUCAAUAUUCAAAAUUCAUGAAGGAAAUCUUAUCCAAGAAGAGGCGGCUGAGUGAGAUGGAUGAGGUAGUGAUGCUUUCUGAGGAGUGUAGUGCUAUUAUUCAGAGGAAGCUACCAGUCAAGAUGAAGGAUCCCGGGAAGUUCAUGUUGCCCGUGGAGUUUGAAGGCAAAGGAGAGACCAAGGGGCUGAUUGACUUGGGUGCUAGUGUGAACUUAAUGCCCCUCUCGAUGUUUGAGAGGCUAAAAAUUGGUGAGCUGAAGGGUACCAUGAUGCAUCUCCAGCUAGCUGACCGUUCUAUUGUGACUCCCUGGGGUGUGUGUGAAGAUGUGCUAGUGAAGGUGGGGAAGUUCUAUUUCCCCGCAGAUUUUGUGAUCCUGGACAUGGAUGAGGAGGAUGAGAUGCCUCUAAUCUUUGGGAGACCUUUUCUUGCCACUACUAAAGUGAAAAUUGAUGUUGAGAAGAGGGUAGUCUCUUUGAAGUCCUAUGGUAAGAAGAUGAAGAUUAAGAUGCCAGAUUUGCAAGAGAAGCCGAAGGAGAAAGGAGAUGCUCUCUUGGUGGAUUUGAUGAAGAUAUGGAGUGAUGAGAGUCUGGAGAGUUUCUUCCGCAAGGAGGGACUUCCAGCGAAGAAAGAACCGCUCCCAGCUGAGAAGAAGGCACUCCCAGUGCUGGAGGAGUCACAUGCUGUAGAAGAAAAGAAGCCACCUCCUGUGGUGAAGAAGCAACCUGUGAAGGGGCGUCCUCCAUGGAUGUCCAAAUUUUGGAGAAGGAAGGUGCUGUCUAGUCCUGUCCGUGGUGAACAGGUGUGCUAUGUGUUUGAUGCAAGCUUUGAUGAGGAAACCCCUCAUGGUGCAACCCACCAGGGGUACAACCCCGGAUAG